AUGGCCCAACCCUAUGAACAACAAAGUUUAUUAAAUUCAAACAAAAACAAUUUAAAUAACGAAACUAUUUAUAGAGAUCAUACAAAUUAUAAUAGUAAUGAUUCCUCAAAAAUAAUAAAAGCAAUUCAAGAUAAUAAAUUUUUAAAUACAUUUGAUAAAUAUUUAUCAAAAUUAUUAAUAUCAAGUUUAAAAAUAUAA